CAAUUUUUCAUAAUUUAAACACCAAUCUCAAAUCUAUACAUUUCAUCUUCCCCUACUCUCUUUCUCGCACGUGUCUGUUAACCGACUUUUCUCUUCAGACUAACGCCAACUAAAAUUUCCCUCCGGUCAUCCUUUUCACUACUUCAGGCCAAAAAAACAUUUUCUCUCUCCUCAUUCAUCAAUGGCGAUCUCAAUUUCAGAUCUCUAAAAUAUUUCAAUUUUUCUCUCUCAUCAAUGGCGUCAUCUCAAGCACUCGGUGGUUCUACUCGUUGCGGCAAAAUCCUAGGUCCAUCCUUCGACAAAAUCAUCAAGAAUGUCGCAUGGCGGAAACACACAAACCUCGUUGCAGCUUGUAAAUCCGCCAUUGAUAAGCUUGAAACCCUAACAGAACUUCCUUCGAUUUCUCUCUCCUCUACGAUCCCUACUUUAUCGCCUUCCGACGCCGACUCUCUUAUCUCUCCUCUUCUUCUCGCUCUAGAUUCGGCUUCUCCGAAAAUCAUCGAUCCUGCUCUUGAUGCUCUCUUUCGUCUAUUCUCUUGCAAUCUUAUCCGGUUUGAACUUGAUCGUUCUUCCGAUGAGAAUCGUAAUUUGAUUGUUUUUCAGCUGAUUGAAUCGGUUUGUAAGUGUUGCAGUUUAGGAGAUGAGUUGGUUGAGUUCAGCGUCAUGAAGGUGCUUCUUUCGGCGAUUCGAUCGUCGUAUGUUGUGUUUAGAGGUGAUUAUCUUAACCACAUUGUUAAGACUUGUUAUAAUGUUUAUUUAGGAGGUUUGAAUGGGACUAAUCAGAUCUGUGCUAAGGCUGUUUUAGCUCAGAUUAUGUUAAUUGUUUUUACUCGUAUUGAAGAGGAUUCUAUGUUUGUAAAUAGUUUUAGAAUUAUUACGGUUUCAGAGUUGUUGGAAUAUACUGAUAGGAAUUUGAGUGAAGGAAAUUCGGUUCAGUUGGUUCAGAAUGUGAUCAAUGAUGUUAUGGAGUCUAAUGAAGGGGUGGAGGAUGUUAAACAACAACAGUCUGAAAACCCUAUGAAUGGGAAUGGGAAUGGGAACGCGAAUUCGGAUGAGAAUCCGAGUGAUGGUGAUGUUUCGGGGGUGAAAGUGGAGGAAAAUAGAGAAGCAGAGGUAAAUAUGGAGGAGAAAUUUGAAGGUGCAUUGGAGGUGAAAAGUGUAGGAGGAUUGGAAGCAACAGGAGAAAGGGAUAGUAUGCUUAGAGAGGAUGGAUUCAUGCUAUUUAAGAACUUGUGUAAAUUGUCAAUGAAGUUUUCUUCGCAGGAGCAUUCUGAUGAUGAGAUUCUUCUUAGGGGGAAGAUCCUAUCUUUGGAAUUGUUGAAGGUGAUCAUGGAUAAUAGCGGUCCUGUUUGGCGCUCAAAUGAGAGCUUUCUGAAUGUUAUCAAACAGUUCCUCUGCUUGUCGUUGUUGAAGAACAGUGCAUUGUCAGUGAUGACCAUCUUCCAGCUUCUGUGUUCUAUAUUUAUGAGCCUGUUAUCCAAAUUCAGAUCAGGGCUCAAAGCGGAGAUUGGAAUCUUCUUUCCAAUGCUUAUCCUUCGCGUCCUUGAGAAUAUACUUCAACCUCGUUUUAUACAGAAAAUGACUGUCCUCAACCUGCUUGAGAAAAUUUCUCAGGAUCCACAGUUAAUCAUCGAUAUAUUUGUCAACUAUGACUGUGAUCUUGACUCUCCAAAUAUUUACGAGAGGACGGUUAAUGGCCUCUUGAAGACUGCUCUUGGCCCGCCACCUGGUUCUGCUACAAAUUUGCCUCCGGUUAAGGAUCUUACUUUCCGGGUUGAAUCAGUGAAGUGCCUAGUUAGAAUUGUCAAGUCAAUGGGAACUUGGAUGGACCAGCAAUCGAAAAUAGAGGAAUCUUCCUUGUCAACUAGAUCCUCCGUGGUGUCUGGUUCAGUAGACAUACAGUCUGUCUUGAAUGGAGAGGAGGGGAUGACUACAGAGUAUGAAUUGCAUCCAGAAUCGAAUCCUGAGUUGUCAGAUGCUGCUACGCUUGAGCAACGUCGAGCUUAUAAACUUGAAAUUCAGAAAGGUAUCGCAUUGUUUAACAGGAAACCUUCCAAAGGUGUCGAAUUUUUAAUUAACACCAAAAAAGUUGGUGGUUCUCCUGAAGAAGUGGCCUUUUUCCUGAAGAACACUGCUGGCCUGAAUCCGACAGUCAUUGGUGACUACUUGGGAGAACGAGAAGAAUUUCCAUUAAAAGUCAUGCAUGCUUAUGUAGAUUCAUUCGAAUUUGAAAAUUUGGACUUUGGUGAAUCUAUUCGAUAUUUCCUGCGUGGGUUCAGAUUACCUGGAGAGGCUCAAAAGAUAGAUCGGAUUAUGGAAAAGUUUGCUGAGCGCUAUUGUAAAUGCAAUCCUAAUUCCUUUAAAAGUGCAGAUACAGCUUAUGUCCUUGCUUAUUCUGUCAUAAUGCUCAACACAGAUGCUCAUAACAGCAUGGUAAAGGAUAAGAUGACCAAGGCUGAUUUUAUUCGGAACAAUCGAGGAAUCGAUGAUGGCAAGGACUUACCUGAAGAGUAUCUAGGUGCUCUCUAUGAUCAUAUUGUGAAAAAUGAAAUUAAAAUGAAGGCUGAAAAUUCACAACCACAGAGCAAGCAAGUUAAUGGAUUCAACAGGUUAUUGGGCUUGGAUGGUAUACUGAACUUAGUCAUGGGGAAGCAGCCAGAAGAAAAACCUUUGAGCGCAAAUGAUCUUCUUAUCAAGAACAUCCAAGAGCAAUUUAAGGCAAAGUCUGGAAAAUCAGAGUCUGUUUUUUAUGCAGUUACAGAUGUCUCGAUAUUGAAGUUUAUGGUGGAAGUUUGUUGGGGUCCUAUGCUGGCUGCAUUUAGUAUGACACUCGACCAGAGUGAUGACAAGUUAGCUACUUCAGAAUGUUUGCAAGGCUUCCGGUAUGCUGUACAUGUAACAGCAGUGCUUAGUAUGCAGACCCAAAGAGAUGCUUUUGUGACCUCUUUGGCCAAAUUCACUUAUCUCCACUGUGCAGCAGAUAUGAAGCAAAAGAAUGUUGAUGCUAUGAAGACGAUUAUGUUGAUAGCUAUUGAAGAUGGAAAUUAUCUUCAAGAAGCAUGGGAGCACAUCUUAACAUGUUUGUCUAGAUUUGAACAUUUGCAACUUCUGGGAGAAGGUGUUCCUCCUGAUGCGUCAUUCUUGAGUAUGUCUAAUGCUGAACCUGAACAGAAAUCACUUAAGUCCAGCGACUUAGCUUCUUUAAAGAAAAAAGGAGCCCUUCAGAAUCCGGCUGUGGCAGCUGUUGUUCGAGGUGGAUCCUAUGACAGCAGCGCACUUGGUGCUACCUCCCCAAAAAUGGUUACCCCAGAACAAGCCAAUCACUUCAUCUCAAAUUUGCACUUGCUCGAUCAAAUCGGGAGCUAUGAGUUAAAUCACAUAUUUGCGCAUAGCCAAAGGUUGAACAGUGAGGCAAUAGUGUCCUUUGUGAGAGCUCUUUCUAAAGUUUCAAUGGCAGAGUUGCAGUCUCCAACUGAUCCACGUGUGUUCAGCCUCACAAAGAUAGUUGAAAUUGCGCACUAUAAUAUGAAUCGCAUCAGACUGGUCUGGUCUCGCAUCUGGAAUGUUCUUUCAGAUUUCUUUGUGUCUGUUGGCCUAUCAGAAAACCUCUCGGUGGCAAUUUUUGUCAUGGAUUCAUUACGACAGCUUGCUAUGAAGUUUCUUGAGCGUGAGGAGUUGGCAAAUUACAAUUUCCAGAAUGAAUUCUUGAGGCCCUUUGUCAUUGUAAUGCAAAAGAGUAGCUCUGCUGAAAUUAGAGAACUAAUAGUCCGCUGCAUUUCUCAGAUGGUCCUAAGCCGUGUCAGUAAUGUGAAGUCUGGAUGGAAAAGUGUAUUUAUGGUUUUUACAACAGCUGCUGCUGAUGAGCAGAAGAGUAUAGUGUUAUUGGCCUUUGAGACUAUGGAAAAGAUUGUACGGGAGUAUUUCCCUUACAUAACUGAGACUGAGUCUACAACUUUCACAGAUUGCGUUAGAUGUCUCAUAACCUUUACAAACAGCAAAUUUAAUAGUGAUGUCAGCUUCAAUGCCAUUGCAUUUCUCCGAUUUUGUGCUGUUAAGCUUGCAGAGGGGGGAUUGUUUUGCAAUGAGGAUAGCCAAGAUGCCAAUUUAUACGAUUUAAGUGGCAGUGGGGAGGCUUCCGAUAGACAAGCUUUUACUGGCAAAGAUGAAAAUAUCUCCUUCUGGAUGCCUUUGCUUACAGGGUUAUCAAGGUUGACAUCUGAUCCAAGAUCAGCCAUCAGAAAGAGCUCGGUUGAAGUGCUAUUUAACAUCCUCAUGGAUCAUGGCAGCCUCUUUUCUAGGCCGUUUUGGAAUGCUAUUUUCAAAUUUGUUGUUUUCCCUAUACUCAGCAAUAGAGCUGGCAAUGAUGAAAAUGAGGUGAAUGAUGACCAAUCACCUCAAACUUCUAAAGACUCGUCCUCUCAGGGAAGGCCCUGGGACUCUGAAACUUCUUCAUUGGCAGCAGAACGUCUUGUUGAUGUUUUUGUUACAUUCUUCAGUGUUGUGAGAUCUCAACUACCAAAUGCUGUUACUGUAUUGGCUGUUUUCAUCAAGAGUCCAGGUCCUGCUUCUGCUAAAACUGGGAUAGCUGCUUUGGUACGUUUAACCAGUGAAUUGGGAACCAGGCUUUCUGAAGAUGAUUGGAGAGGUAUGUUAAUGGCUAUCAAAGAUGCUGCUGCUUCAACUCUUCCAGGGUUUUUGAGGGUCUUGAGAACUAUGGAUAGCAUUGAUAUUCCUGAUGCUAUGGAAUCCUAUCAUGGUCUUGAUGACAAUGAAAUAUCGAACAACGAUUUGGAGGAUGACUCAUUGCAAACUGCUGCAUAUCUGGUCUCAAGAAUUAAAAGUCAUAUUGCAGUUCAGUUGGUCAUCUUACAGCUUGUGACUGAUCUUUACAAGACACACCAUGAUGGCCUGUCAACAGCUAACCUCAAGAUCCUUCUCGAACUUUUUUCAAUGAUUUCAUCUCAUGCUAAUCAAUUAAGCCAUGAAGGUAUCAUACUGAAGAAGCUUCAGACAGUGUGCAACAUGAUUGAGCUCUCUGAGCCUCCGGUGGUUCAUUUUGAAAACGAGUCUUACCAAAGCUACCUAAACUUCCUUAGUGACUUACUUUUGGAACGACCAUCUGCUUCAGAAGAUAUUGACUUGGAAGCAGAGGUUGUUUCCGUUUGUGAGAAAAUAUUAGUGAUGUACGUGAAGUGCGCUGGCACCCACUCCAGCAAGCCAACGCCUCCAGAUGAGCCCGAGGCACAUUGGAUUCUUCCAUUGCUUUCAGCGAAAAAGGAAGAACUUGCCGCACGAAGUACUUUGCUCUUAUCAGCAUUACAAACGUUGAGUCGCUUGGAGAAAGACUCGUUUAAAAGGUACAUUUCACGUCUAUUCCCCUUGUUGGUUGAUCUUGUGCGAAGUGAACACAGCUCAAUAGAAGUAUUACCAGUUUUGAGUCACAUGUUUCAAACCUGUAUAGGCCCAAUAAUUGUUGAAUCAUAAAUUCUUUUGGUAUAAAUAUGAGUGGUCUUCCCCUCCCUCCCAGGUUCACCGUUUGGGACCUCUUUGACUGGCUUUCUUUUUGACAGCCUCAAGGUCAUUGAUACCAAAAUUUUGUACUUAAAUAGAUAGUAGAAUGUGUUACAGAUGUAAAAGCGAAAAUUCAUAGCAGUGAACUAUAGUCGAAAUUUAUCCAUUAAUUUGUUAGUGUUUGUAAAUCUCAAUAAUUGUCUCAAACUUGUCCCUGCAAUGUAUUUUGGAAAUCCCUUUUCGGGCCGAGACGUUCUUACA